AGAUGCAGACUGUGAUUGAGAGAGAUCGCUCCAAGAUUCACUCCCUCAAUGAAAAGUUACAUCGUACACAGCAGAUGUUGUAUGACAGCACUAAGGACUAUCUAGAGCUGAAGUAUGAAGGACGAUCUCAGGAGCGAGUCUGGAUGGUAGAGAAGGACCGUCUACUACAGGAGCUGGAUCGAUGUAAGGAACAACUAGAUGUCUCCAAAGAUGACGUCUUAGUCAUCUCAGAUCAUGCACUGGAAGAGAGACAAACACAGAACUUGGAAAUUGAGGAUAAGACGGAAAAGCUUGCUAAGCGUUUACACCUGAUGAACCAGCGGUAUGAGGCCAUGGAGAAGCGACGGAAUCUGGAGAUAGAAGGUUUCAAGAAUGAUACCCGAAUCUUGAGAAACCAACUCAAGGAUGUUGAGAAGCAACUCUACAAGGUGGAGUAUUGUCUGUUCAUGUCAGUCAUGUUGUUAGUUUGCAUUUGUCCGUUGCUGUUUUCUACUUUCCUAUGUUGGUCAGCUAUAGUGCAGUUCAUGCAGAUCGUGGUGCGGACACUGCGAACAAGUACCCCAAAGGCUGGGUCAUGCUUAGCCCCAUAUGUGGCCAUUUUACUGGACUACCUCCAUAAAUAAAGGCCACACUUCCACCAUGUACAAAAACAUGUCGAACUUUUAUAUUUGUUU